AUGGCUGAGGAAAAUGUCCGAGUAUCGAUCACCAAGUCUAUUGUUGAUAAUGCUUUGCUACCAAUUCCUAUUAAUGAUGAGAUUCUGUUUGUUCGCGAUGCAAUUGGUACAUGCAUUGCUUGGCCUAGAGACUGGGUUAUACCCACUGCAGCUGAUGCAAAGCAGCAAAAGCAUAAAAUUGUGAGGAGGAAAAAUAAGGAUAUAUAUGAUGAGGAUUUUGAUCAUGAUGAUUUGGACAAGCUGCCACCCAAUUUGCCUCCACCACUUAAGACGUUUGCCACAUGGGCUAAUGAUAACUUGAAGGAUGGGAUCACCAUCCAUACAACCUUAGGCGAGAAAUUAUUUGGAUAUCUAAAAAAGGUCGCCAUCUUCAGAAGGGAUGUGUAUGUCAUGACCAACAUGAAGGAGCUUCCUUUAUCAAGUGUUGAAGAAAUCGAAGAUGCUUGA